GGUGGGAACACAGAUUGUCGGUAGUCGACCCCGGGCCACCAAGUAGGAUCGAAUUUCCAUCAGCCAUGUUCCUGAUUACGAAUAACAUUUUCCUGGCGUCAGGACUGCUCUGCGUCUUUUUCAUGUUCCUGGCCACCGGAAUUGUCACAGCUGCCGCUGUUGGAGGCGACCUAGAGGACAGCGACUACCUUCCUGACGACGGCGAGCUGGUGUUGUACACGCGGGACCGCAGGGUGCCGGCCUCCGUGGUGGCCUCGUCCGCGGACGUGCCAGCGGCUUCUGGAGACGUAAAGUGGACCCUGGGACUCGGUAAGCGUGAGUCCCACUUCACACCUUAUAUUAGUGUAGGAGUGCUGAGCAACAUGCAGCAGUUUUUUGACAGCCUCCGAACCAACCUGGAAAGCCUCGAGCAAUUGCCGCAGGAGGAGAGAGAGGCGCUGCUAGGACAACAGGUUCCCUCGGCUUCAGAACAAGGUACAGCUUUCCGUCCUAAAGCUACAGCCGCCUAUCUCCACGCCCUCCGCAACCAUCGCCCUUCUCACAAAAUUCGAAAUUUCGUGAGCGAAUCCGAACCAGCGACUCUUCGAGGAAGCAAUCACUACGACCCAAACUGGCUGUGGACCGGCCUCGGCCGAAGGCGCUAGCUUCACCGCCCCGCUCGCCGCUAGUGGCCCACAUCUGGCGCCAACGACCGCGAAGCGUCUAAAGCAGGAGCCACGACAGAACGUCUCAUCAUCUCCAGCAAGUUUAGUUUGUCACCUGUAUAGACUGUACUGUUUUCAUUUCUUCCAUGAAUUACUGUUAAUAAAUGUUCUUAAUCAAUGCUUAAAACAACAAAUAUAAUUAAAUAUAUAUUAUAAUCAUGUACAAUAAAGUCAUUGUAAAAUUUAUACACAUAUUAAAUAAAUUACUGAAUACUGUU